UUUUCCGGCGGCUGCACCAGGCGUUUCUUUCCGCUUUUGCUGCGUAGUCUGCAUGGCGAUACUAGAGUCCAACAUCGCCGUCUCUACGCUGCUCGACACGAGCGACUCCGGCGAAGACAAGCUGCUCAAUCCAUCAGAUAUGUCCGGCAGAUUCGUGUUCCUCCCCAGCCGGGCUGUGGCGAACAUGCUGCGGCGAUGGAACUACCAGGAGGGCUCAGGUCUCGGCACUCAGGGGCAAGGGAUCGUCGCGCCUAUACAAGCCGUCGUGCGGGUGCGGCGGCGUCCAAAGGCCGGCCUCGGCUACCGUGAGAAACCAUACGACAAUGGUCUCCACGUGCCGCCGGAGCCGCCCGUGGAGGAGGAGUGCCGUGAGUGGGAGAAUAUUGCACGGGCUAUGCGGCUUGAAACGGAGUGCUGCGAGACGAUCCUCGCCCUCCUGCAUGACAUGAGGCUUCAAGGGGAUGACAGCGUGGAGACGACGGAUGCGCUGAAGGCCAUGGCCGAGUCCAAGAAGGGGCUCCAGGGGAAGCGCACGCUAGGGACGUUGAAAGCCAGGCUGCCUUCUUCUGCCGCGCGCUACAUAAUCGAGCAGGUGAUCACGCCGAGGAUGGUUGUCGACGUGCGAGAGUGGAAGCCGUCAUGGGAUCCGGACUGCCACGACUGGCUACGCCCGUUCAUUCCCCUCAUCGGCCACUUACCCGAGAGCCUCUACAGUACUGUGGAGAGCAAGAUCAGGAACGGUGACUACGAAGUCGUCUCGCCGUGGAAGGAAUACCUUAGCCCUGUGCAGUGGGACACCUUCAGCAAGCGUCACAUCCUGCCAAUGCUAACACGGUUGGUACGGGAGAUGAAGAUCACGCCGCCGAAGCAAACCGACCCUUCGUUCCGGACCGUGAUGCUGUGGGCACCUCUCCUGCGCGCUCAAGACGUGGUGUCGAUCCUAGAGGCCGAAAAAUUCUUUGAAAAAUGGGAAAGCACGCUGCGGCACUGGCUGCAAGCCGCGAAGCCCUCGUUGGGGGAGGCCAUCGCAUGGUGCACCGGCUGGAAGACGCUCUUCACACCAGAGCUGCUCGCCGACGAAAGUGCGCUCACGCAUCUUGAUGCUGGCCUUGAUAUGGUCGAUCCUGCAAUGCAAGAACUCGACAGUCUUUUUAGCAAUUUGUAGUCUGCAUCUACUGCAAUUUGUCUUGUAUGGCAAUUUCUGUUGUAAAGAUGUAGUCAUGAUAUAUUCCAGAAUAAUCUCAUGGAACAUAUCUAUGAUCUCAACUUCUCAAGUAGCUAUAAGUUUCAUCAGAGACAUUGGAGAUUAAGAGAUGUUCCUUUUCUUGGGAGUCCCAAGGAAUAUAUUUUCACGCGAGUCCCAAGGAAUUAAUUGGAAUAACAAGUUCGUUUAAUUUGCAGGAGACAUAAUCACAGACAGAUGUGUAUCCUAGUGUAUUGUAGUCUGUCGGAGUGAUAAUGACAGGAAAAUGUUACUAUCAUCCUGCAGAAAAUAAGUUAUACCGGCAUGCAUGGAAAAAUGUAACGAUAUAUCAUCCAGACAACCACUUAUGUUGGGAACGCUUGAACAAUU